GACAGGCGUUUCACCAACCUGCUCUUAAAAAUCCCCACUGAUGGACAUUCCACAACCUCCCCAGGCAAUUUAUUCCAGGCUUAAUCACCCUGGGAGUGAGUUAGGAAGUUUUUCCCAUCAGAAUAGGAUCUUGGGAAGAGUGGCGGCAGCAGGGAACGCAGUGUGCGAGGCUGCUACUCUGGGGGCAUGGCCCGCGGGGGAGUGACUAAACGAGGAGCGUGCGGAACGCGCUUUCCCAAGCGGUCUCUGGCUCAGGGCGAAGCGGGGACAGGCCGGGGGGCUGGGAAAGGCCAUGCAAAAGAGAAAGGGAAAGCAUCUGUUUAUGCAACAGAAUAACCAGGCAUUAGGAGCAUUUCCUGUUUAGUAAAUAUAACGCAGGGCAAACAAUGGGGCCGCAGGAAAAAACCUUCCGGGAAAUCAGCCCGUCUCCUAGCACUGCGCUGGGAUGCUCACGUAGCCCCCACGCACUGGGCCACAGGCCUGGUAAGGCCCCCAUGUGCCACUGACCAGCCAGGUGCCCUGCAGCCAACCCAAGCGGGUCGAGCGCUUGAGGCGCACGCGGGAGACAGGUGCCCUGGCCUUGUGACCAGCCACAGCCCCUCGUUCCAGCGCCUUCUGCCCCCGUCCCUCCUGCCAGGCACUCAGCAGUGCAGUGUGGCCCUGCGGCUGCUGGCGCCCGGUCCAGGUGUGCUGCAAGGUGUCUCCCUGGCUUGCUGUUUUGCCAGCCCUUCCCCACCCCCACGCUAGCCAAAUGGACUAGGCAGUGAUUAGCCAUCUGUCAGUCGUCUGCUAGCCCCCUUCCCGCCCAGGAUUAACGCUGGCUCCACUAGCUGCAGGACCAGCCCCAAACCCAACGCUUGCAAAGCCGCGCCGUGGAGUUAGGCCUCCCGGAGCUGACACCGCGCCCUUGCCCCAGCUGCGAGCUCAGGCACCAGCCGGGACAGGGCCGUGUCGCAGGGUUGCUGGCGGGAGGCCGGACUCCUGAAGCCCCCCUCCCCUCAGUCCCCGCUCACCUGGAGAGAACAGGCUCACCUCGAGGUCCUUUGUCACCCACUGGAGCCCAAAGCCCAGUCCCCACCCUGCUUUGUCAGCGGCCUUUUCUGGGAGUCUGAACUAGUGCGAGACAUGGGGGGGGGGCCUGUGGCGGCUCUGCCCUAUAUGCCCUGGGCAGGGGAGGGGCCUCACACACACAUGGGGCGCACAUGCCCCUGGCACGGGAGCCACACAGCCCACAACAUGUCCAGGACCCACAGUUACAGAACUCUUCAAUCAAUGUGUGUUUGCCCCCCGAUCUCUGAGCUCAGCGGUAGCCCCAUUUUACACGGGGGGAGACUGAAGCACAGAGAGGGUGACACGGACGGCCCAGAUUCACCCAGCCAGUGAAUGGGAGUGCCUGGAAUAGAACCCAGGAGUCCUGGCCCCAGUUCCCACCCCUGCUUCGACCCAUUAGGCCCCACGCCCGGAGGUGGGCCUAGAACUAGGGCGUUCUGGCUCCACGCCGCCCCCCCCUCUGACUACUCCAGCAGGGGCUUGGCUGCAGGAGGGGGAACCCAGCCGGGAGGAGGGGAUGCUCCCAGCCAGCGGGACGAGGGCGUGGCACCUGUCAGCUGGCGGGGAGGCGGUGUGGGGCUGGGCACCAGGGUGAGCCCCCAUGUGUCAGACACAAAGCAGGACCUUGUGCUAGGCAGCUCCAAGCUCUGCGUCCCUGGCACCAAGGGAGAACGCAGGGGGACGUGGCUGAGGUGCGGGGGGGGAGGGGAACACACCCCGAUUCUCUUUGUGUCUGAGCCCUGCUGCCCCUGACACAGGGCCUUGCCACCAGUCUGGCCUUUGGGUCUCGGUUCCCCAGCCCAGACCUGCAGACGCCUGUCCUUGUAUAUGCUGGUCAGCACCAUGCCACAGCCUGAAAGAGCCGGCUAAGGUGCGCAGGCACUGGCCUGGGACACCACAGCCUGGGCCGGGGGGACGGUAGCCCGGCCCAGCAGGAACGUUCUAGGCUGCACUCUGGGGUUACCCCCCAGCCACAGUCGCAUGGUGAGCGGAUACUAACUCCAGCUGCCAGGCCAAUGCCUGGGGGUGGGGGAAGGGCAGGGGCUGGGUUUGGCAAUUGGCCCUGAAUACCGGACACCCCCGGCUUCGCCCUGGCCUGGCCUGGCUGGUGCCGUUCCGGGAGGGGCCGGCGAUCCUGCCUGGCCAAUGGAUGUUUGGCUGGGGGAAUCAGGGUGCUCUGGGCUGCCCGGCCCACGCCCCUGCAGAUGCCAGCCUGCCCUCGACCCCUGGGAUCAUUGGGGCCCCAGCCACCUUGGGAGCUCCAUGGGGCAGCUGGCGACUGGCUGGAGAGGCCCAGACGCUCCCAAGGGCAGCACCCAAGCAGGGGCAUGGAGCAGCCUGUGGGUUGGGGGCUCAGACCUGUACAGUGGCUCACCCAGGCUCUCGGUGCCAGUGCCCCCAUGCCCUUGUCUGCAGACGCCAGGCUGGCCGUGCUGGGCAUGACACUUGGCUGUCCUGCCCCAGGGACCCCGUGAGCCCUGCCAGGCUCUUCCAGGCAGGCUCGCACUGGGGAGGAAAGCGAAAGCUGAAACGCCGGCACGCAGCUGCAGCGCUGGGCGCGAACCCAGCACAGGUCAAGGUCCUGGGGCUCGGGUGCAGUCUUCCCACGGGGCAGGGGCCAGUCAAGGGCUUUCCUGUCUCAGCCGGGACACAUCCUGGUACCCCGCCCAGAGCCUCCAGGAGCUGGGCCUGCGAGGAGGUUAGUGAGGGGAUGCGUGGGGCCAGCCUGGCUCCCGGCAGCCACACCCAGCAGAGCGGCCCCGGCCCCGGCCUCGGCCCCAGCCAUGGGCGAGUGGAGUUUCCUGAGCUCGCUGCUGGACGCCGUGCAGGAGCACUCGCCCAUGGUGGGCCGGUUCUGGCUGGUGGUGAUGCUGAUCUUCCGCAUCCUCAUCCUGGCCACGGUGGGCAGCGACAUCUUCGAGGACGAGCAGGAGGAGUUUGUCUGCAACACGCUGCAGCCGGGCUGCAAGCAGGUCUGCUACGACAAGGCCUUCCCCAUCUCCCACUACCGCUUCUGGGUCUUCCACAUCGUGGUGCUCUCGGCGCCCGCCCUGCUCUUCGUCAUGUACGCCAUGCACCAGAGCGGCAAGCUGCGUCAGGGCGAGGAGGGCGGCUCCGCGGGCCCGCCCCGCCUGCAGCCCAGCCAGCGCACCCACCACGUCCGCACCUUCUACCUGGUCAACGUGGCCAUGCGCAUCCUGGCUGAGAGCAGCUUCCUGGUGGGGCAGUGGCAACUGUACGGGUUCCACGUGGAGCCGCACUUCACCUGCCAGCGCUCGCCCUGCCCCCACUACGUGGACUGCUUCGUGUCCCGGCCCACCGAGAAAACCAUCUUCAUCCUCUUCUACUUCGUGGUGGGCGUGGUCUCCACCCUGCUCAGCCUGGUGGAGCUGGCCCACCUGCUGGCCAAGGACAGGUGCCAGGGGACAGCGGCCAACAAGCCCCCGGCCGCCUCCUACGAGCAGCAGGAAAACUGGUCCAACCAGGCGCACGAGCAGUGCCAGCACUUCCUGCCCCCGGGCAACGGGGGCGCCAAGGGGGCGGCCUGCAGAGUCCCCAACCACUACGAGCCCUCAGCGCUGUUCCGGCCCCAAGCCCCCUCCAUGGGCAGCAAGGCCUCCCAGGCCGCGGCCAGGGCCGAUUUGGUGGUCUAGGGCUCACGCUACGGCCCAACUCCCAUCUGUGCCAGUCACCAGGCCCUCCGCUUAGCAGGGCCACCGCAGCAAAACCAGUGACCUGAGCGGGACGUUCUCAGCCCUGAGUGGCCAGGGCCCGCGGUCCGUACCAGCCCCGUACAGCCUGGCAGAGACCUGCCCUCCUGCCUUGGGUGCACAGAGGGCCCUGAGUCUAGGGCACGAAGCCCCUCAUGCCACAAGCGGGCAGAGAGCUGAACUGGGUAUUGCCCUGUCAGGAAAGGAGCCGGCCCGGCUACAAGGAGUGACAGCGCGGCCCAUGGGUUCGAGCAUUCGGCUGGCACAUGGGAGCGCUGGGGUCUCGUUCCAGCUGGUGUAGGCGACCAGACGAGGGGCAAUGAACUGACCCAGCCCCUCUGCCUGCUGCUCAUUCGGGGGAUGAGACUGUUCCUGAAGCCAGGAAGCUGGGUGGGGCGGGCAGGGAUAGGGGGCUCUGGGGCCAGGCGAAACAGCAUCGCCAGUUUUUAUACCUUUGUGUGAAUAAACAGAAGAAAACUUUUUAAU